AUGAGAUAUUUGAAGCGUCUAUUUUCUAACUAUAGAUUCAUUACACAUAAUACUAUAAGGAGGAUGUCAAGUGCUCAAGAAAUGAAGUCAAUUAGCGAAGGUUUAAGCAAGUUGGGCUUAAGUCAACCUGAAAGCUUAAAGGAUUCGUACCCAGAAUCCAACGUAACUGAUGUGUUGAGAAACUAUAUUACGAACGAAUUACACAGAAUAUCCAACGUAGAAAGGGAACUUAUUUUCCAAUCGUUAGACUCGCCUUCUACUUUAGACAAGGGUGAUUUAAUCAUUCCAAUUCCAAGGUUAAGAUUGAAGGGUAUUAAUCCUAAAGAAAAGGCUACUGAAUGGUGCGAAAGCUUCGACAAGGGUAAGUACUUGUCAGAUGUUAAGGCUGAAGGUCCAUUUCUUCAAUUUUUUUUCAGUAAGGAAUUGUUAUUUAACUUGGUUAUCAGAGAUACGUUAGUCAGAACCGAUAAUUACGGUUCGUUACCAAUUGGUCUUAACAAGAAGGUUGUUAUUGAAUUCUCUUCUCCUAACAUCGCCAAACCAUUCCAUGCUGGUCAUUUAAGAUCUACCAUUAUUGGAGGUUUCUUAUCUAAUUUGUAUGAAAAAGGUGGCUGGGACGUUACCAGAAUUAACUACUUAGGUGAUUGGGGUAAACAGUUUGGUUUGUUAGCAGUAGGUUUCGAAAAAUAUGGCUCCGAAGAAAGCUUAGCAAAGGACCCAAUUAACCAUUUAUUUGAAGUUUAUGUUAAGGUUAACAAGGAUGUGACCGACGAAGGUGAAGAUGCAGUCGAUGGUACGAAUGAUAAGGCAAGAGCUUAUUUCAAGAGAAUGGAAAAUGGUGACGAAGAAGCUUUAAAGAUUUGGAAAAGAUUCAGAGAAUUAUCUAUUCACAAAUACAUUGACACAUACGCCCGUCUUAAUAUUAAGUAUGAUGUCUAUUCUGGUGAAUCUCAAGUUUCUAAAGAAAGUAUGAAAGCAGCCACAGAUACGUUCGAUAAGAGGGGAUUACUUCACGAAGACAGAGGUGCUAAAUUAAUUGAUUUAACUAAAUUCAACAAGAAAUUGGGUAAGUGUUUAGUAGAAAAAUCUGAUGGUACUUCUUUGUAUUUAACUCGUGAUGUUGGUGAAGCUGUUAAGCGUUACGAUACAUAUAAGUUUGACAAGAUGAUUUAUGUUAUAGCUUCGCAACAAGACUUGCAUGUUGCCCAAUUCUUUGAAAUCUUAAAACAAAUGGGUUUCGAAUGGGCCAAAUCCUUAGAGCAUGUCAAUUUUGGUAUGGUUCAAGGUAUGUCUACUAGAAAGGGUACUGUCGUUUUCUUAGACAAUAUUUUAGAAGAAACUAAGGACAAAAUGCACGAAGUCAUGAAGAAGAAUGAAGCCAAAUACGCUCAAAUUGAAAACCCUGACUUGAUUGCUGACUUGGUCGGUAUCUCAGCUGUUAUGAUUCAAGAUAUGCAAUCUAAGCGUAUCAAUAACUACGAAUUCAAAUGGGAUAGAAUGACUUCAUUCGAAGGUGAUACUGGUCCAUACUUACAAUAUGCCCAUUCCCGUUUGAGAUCUGUUCAAAGAAAGUCUGACAUCUCCGAGGAAGAAUUGUUGCAUGCAAAUUACGAUUUAUUGACUGAACCAUGCGCAGCAAACUUGAUUAGAACCCUCGCUCAAUACCCUGACACCAUACAGAAAGCAUUGAAGACCCAUGAACCUUCUACUAUCGUCACAUACUUAUUCAACUUGACUCAUAUUGUUUCUCAGUGUUACGAUAUUUUAUGGGUUGCUGGUCAAGAGAAAGAGUUAGCCGUCGCUAGGUUGGCUUUGUAUGUUUCAGCCAGACAAGUUUUACAUAAUGGUAUGACAUUGUUAGGUUUAACUCCUGUUGAUAGAAUGUAA